UAACAAAAAUAAUUGGAAAUUAGUUAUCACUGUCACGCAGGCCAGGUCAAGACUAUAUGUAGGGUCGCAACCAGAAAAUUUUGGGAAGCACUGGUUUAUAGUAUUAGCAUUAUUAUGGCGAGUUCCUCGAUAGGCUCUCAUUUGAUUGUUUAGUCAAUGUUUACAUGCGGGACGCCUGAGGACGGAGGAGAACUCUGCCCCAGAGGAGGACCCAAGCCUGCCGUGCCCCGCCGAGCCCCAGACCCUGCCCCAUGGAGGACGAGGAGAGCAGGACCGUGUGGGUGGGCAACUUUGACCCCGAGGAGGUGACGCAGGAGGUCCUGUACGAGCUGUUCCUGCAGGCUGGCCCUCUUUACUAUGUGAAGAUACCAAAGGACAAAGCUACAGGGAGGAAUAAAAGUUUUGCCUUCGUCUGUUAUCGUCAUAGUGUAACUGUACCAUACGCCAUUGAACUUUUGAACGGCAUUGCUGUUUAUGGGCGAAAUUUGAAAGUGCAGAGUAGGAACCAUCAACAUCUUCAGCGACAAGGUCUUUCUAAUGGUCCUGGAGGCGUACACUCCCUUGAUCCUUCCUUUGGCAAGCCCAAGGUCAACCCUGGACCAACUCAGCCUUGUGGACAACAGGGUCUCCUGCAAACCCCAAGCCUCCUUCCCAUGCCAGGCAACAAUAUGAUAGCAAUGGCUCAGCAGCAGAUGGCAUUAUUAAAUGCCUGUCAGCCUAUUCCCCUCACAGUGAAUCCUUUACUUAAUGCUCAUAGAGAGCGCUAUUCAGACAGGCAUGGGUCAUUGAACUACAACAGAGGUAGCCCUUACCAGAGAGGUAACUAUUCCAAUGAUAACAGAAGUAAUCAUUCUAACUAUCGGGACUCAUCAUACAAUUCUAACAGGAGCUCCAAGGAUAAGUUUGGUGCGAUAGGUGACAUGCAGCAUAGUCAAGGCCGUUUUGAUUACAGCCGGUUAGGGGCGUCGUCUGGCAGGGACCACCACUCUCCUCGCAACAGUGACCAAUACAAGAGACAGGAUGACAGGUAUGACAGGCAGAGGAGUGGGUCUCAUCACAGUCAGUAUAAUAGUCCCCGGAGAUCGGACAGUCAUCAUGACAGGCGCCACUCAGAUCACCACAGUAGUAGGAAUAAUAGGCACUGACCUGUGUCACACCUUUUUUGGUAACAGUGUGUAAUGGUAUGUAUGUAUGUAUUAAGUUAGUAAUGCUAGAAGGGAAAUUAAGUGGGCUAUGUUUAUAAGCUCUGUCCCAUGUUUGUUGAUGAUCCCAGGAGUUGACCUGUACAGCUUAUUUUUAUCAUUGAAUCACCCAGCUUCUGUUCAGUAUCAUUAUUUUUGUGUUUCUUAUAACCUUGAAGCUUUCCAGUACUGCUCUGGUUUAUCAUUAAUUUUGAAGUAAUUACGGAUGAUUAGGAGUGGGUGGCUGUGCAGAUUUUAACUGACACCUAGUGAUAAUAUCAUUAGUUGCAACAUCUUUUAGUUUGACCAAGGGGACAACAUCAUUAGUUGCAGCUUUUUUUUUUAGUUUAACCAAGGACACAGCAUCAAGCCAUGCAUGCCACUCAUAAUCUCAGGGUGAUAAUUCCUUAUUAAUGGACACAAAACAGAAGUCUGUGGGUCCUGUAUAUAAUUUUAGGUUAUCAUAAAAGAAUAUGCAAGGGAAUUUGCUCAUGUUUUCUUUGUAGAAAAUGGCAGUAUCUUUUUGUUUAAACAACUUAUACCUAACUUUUCCUGUCGGUAUUAUCACAUCACAGUAUUAUGUAGCCUUGUUGUUGACAAAAAGGACUGACUGAACCAAGGUGUUGUGAUUCAGAUGGUUAAACUAGGGAGUAAGUUCUUUAUUUCUGUACUCCUUCAAAAUUAUUAUGUUAAAAAUGGGUGCACUCUUCAGGUAGCCAUCCAGGUUACUAAAACUGAAUGAUUACUCUCUCUUUUUAAGGUUUCUUAGCUGUCCCCUUUUUUUUUUUUUUAUUUAUUUUACACCAAUUACAUUACACCAUUUAAAAACUAUAUUGACAUUAUGAAGUAGGUUGACAAAAAGAGCUGUUUGUUUUGAUGCACUUAGAUGUUUCUUAGUACAGUGUUUCCUUUUUAUUCACAGGUUAUUCUAGAUAAAAGGUAUAUGUAUAAUGUUCUAACCCAGUAGCUACAGGGAUAAUGUUUCUUAGAGGCUCCUUUAAGUGGAUUAAUGAGAAAAAAUCAUCACUCAAGCAAAUCUUUAUAUGAUACAUAUCAACAUAUUUGUGAUCAGUUUAUGCAGCCUCUAUUUUGGGGAGUUAUGUCAAACCAAAAAUUUAGCCCGUUGCUGCUACCGGGUUAAAUGUGCGGCAUAAAUUUAAAAUUUCCACCACACACAUGAAGAAGCAAUAUAAACAAAAGCUGCAGUGCCCACUCCUCCGUGGGGGACGUAAAAAAAGUAACUCACGAAAAAUAAGGGAACACUGUAAAAUUAUAUUUGAUUUGCAAACAAACUUGUAUAUCAUGAGUAGAAAUUUAUGAAACUAGAUUAGUGGCACUGCAUGCAGGUUUACACAUUGUACUUGACAGUUUACUCCUGUGUUUUACAAAAUGGGCACCAAGCUCUGCCUUAUGGUAUAUCAGUGUGCAAAAGUACCUGAUAGCUUUUAGACACAGCAAGUUUAACAUUUCAGUCACUUGACAACCAAUUAAAAAUUAGCAAAUUUUUAAGGUAUACUUGCCCUUCUGAUACUUUAUCCACCUCGAGCAGUUGGACAUAUGUGAAUUUUAACCCCUGAUGUUGUACAGAACAGAUAUGCCAAUAUGAAGCCCCAAAUAUAUUUUAUUUGAUUUUCAGUGUAAUAUGUGCUGUUUGAAAUAUAUGCGUUUAGAUAUUACUUGCAAAAUAUGUCAAAUUUUCACAUCAAUCUUGUUCACUAGUGCAGUAGGAGGAUUUAUGUUUAUUAGUCAUCACACCCCUUAACCUUAUUAAUUUACCCUUUACCAAAUGUAUCUUUGGUUACAGAACUAUAGUUGCCCAUUUUCUCUAUGAUCAUUUUGUCAAAUGGUGUGGCAUGACUGGUGUGUUUUAUGUGUGCAUUUCUCUCCCCGGGUUCGUCAAAAACAAGCAAGACAAAGUGUACGCGUCUGUCAAACACUAUGGAAGUCUUGGUGUGGAGGAAGUCCUUCAUCGUGGGUGGCGUGUAAUCUUUAAAGAUGCCAGAUAUUUUUAAUGUAUUUUGUGUGGACAUUAUAUUGAUGAAAUAGUUAUUUAUCACAGGAAACUAUUUUUAUUUUC